GGCCAGGGAGAAAAAAAAAGUGGUCGGUGUGCUGGCCGAGGAUCGUGUGUCCGUUCUCCGCCUAUCCUGAUCCUGCGUGCUGGCAGCCGGACCUCCCGAUCCAGGAUCGCUCGCAGCUCAAGCACCGUUCGCCGCUCCGCCAUGAUCUUGUCGACUCUCUCUGCCGUCGCCCAGCGCCUCGCCUCGCGCCCGCUGCUGCCGGUCUCGACCCCGAUUCUCGCGCCCAUCUCAAACUCACUACUGGCAGCCGGCUCAGCCGCAGCCCCGUCUAUCUGGGCCGGUGCAAUGGCCAUGCCAUCGUUGUCGGCCCUGACGGCGCCGUGCACAUGCAUGCAGACCCGAGGAUACAAAGUCAAGACCUCGCUUAAGAAGCGAUGCGAACACUGCUACUUUGCCAAGAGACGCGGACGUCUCUAUGUCAUUUGCAAGGAGCACCCCCGACACAAGCAGCGCUCCAAGUAAUCAAUAACAAUCUCUCAUUCUCAAAUGGCGUCCCAAAUAACAGCUGCAUAUGGCAGUGACAAUGUGGGCAAGGAAAGGCAAAGUUGCUGGAAACACAUGGUGGAUGGUGGUGAGAAUCGUGGGGAGGUGCAGGGCAAGAGACGGGGAGGCACGGCAAGGGAAAUCGCACAAGUAUCAAUGGCACAUGCGCGGUCAAUCGAAACGGCAUGGUCAUGGUGCAUAAGGGCCGCUUCAUGAUUCCUGUCAGAGAUCGGAAGGAUCUGGCUCAUUGAACUCGAAUCAAGCAAUGCUCAUCAUCGCCAUCGAGACCCACACGAGCCACCAGGAUUCCCAUCCCAAAAGAGGAG